AUGAGCCCAGUGCUUUCUGUUGCAGCGUUUGGGUUAAUGGAUUUCUACCCGACAUCACGCACUUACAUAGACGUGACAAAGGAGGAACGUGAAGGCAAGGUUCGAGACGUAUGUCGGAACGCAAUUUGGAGUUUGUCUUCAUGUAAACCAGGUCACGGUAUCGAACAACUGUUGGACGAGUCCACUGACACAUUUUGGCAAUCAGACGGACCACAGCCUCACUGUGUCAGUAUACAGUUUCCUCAGAAAACCACACUUACUCGCCUCUGUUUGUACACGGACUACAAGGCUGACGAAAGUUACACUCCUAGCCGCUUGGCUGUGAUGGUGGGGAACACCAUCCAUGAUCUGAUCCAGUUGGCGAAUGUUGUGCUACAGCAGCCAACCGGAUGGUGCAUUCUGCCUCUCACUUGGCCGGACGGUUCUCCCAUACGCACGUUCAUGUUGCAGAUUAUCAUUAUGGCGAACCACCAGAACGGACGAGACACGCAUCUGCGCGCCAUUCGUCUUCAUAGCCCAAUUGAACAUCGCGGAUUAGAGGUGCUUUGUCCAUUCGAAAGUCUAGAGAGCAGAAUGCUUAUGCAGAUACGUUGAUACAACUUGCACUCGCUCAUUCCUACAUCGGCCGUCACGUCAGAGUUGAUUUCUAUGGUUACAGCAACGCCUUCAUCAAACUUUCCCAUCCUCGUCUUUCUUUUCUCAGCUUUCCCUGCUUUGUACACAAGCUAUUUGUCGACCAAUUAUAACUUGUCGUUUCCAAGUGGUGUCACCUUUUUAUCUCGGUCGAAAUGGCAUUAUGGUAACAAUCCCUUAUCUGCAUCAGCCCUCAAUUGAUUCUCCGCCAGUUUAAAAGCCCGAUUCAGCAAUCAGAAGCUUCGUCCACAGCCAUACUUUGUAUCAACUCAGCUACCGUCUCCCUAACGGAUCUAGUUCCACGUUUUCCCAUCACUUGCGUUUCCAUGGGGCGACAUUGCAACCGCGUUAUUUAUCGCUUAUACUUUGUUGCACAGACCCUGAAUGUUAUACAACGUGUGUAAAAGCAUAAGACAC